CCCAGAGCUAGAACCGAAAGCCUAAUUGGUUAAGCAUAAUCAGAAUGGCCAUCUCAAGAAAUCUUCCCUUCUCCUUCCUCCUUUUGUCUAGUGUACUCCUCUUCAUUACCUUAGCCCAUGCAGCUACCUUUGAGGUCCUAAACCAAUGCUCCUACGCGGUCUGGGCAGCUGCUUCACCGGGUGGUGGCCAGCAACUCGACCCUGGCCAAUCAUGGACCCUCGAUGUGCCUGCUGGCACGACAGGCGGCCGGAUUUGGGGUCGUACCAGCUGCAACUUCGAUGCAAAUGGCCAGGGGAGUUGCCUGUCAGGUGACUGUGGGCAGCUACAGUGCCAAGGCUUUGGUUCACCACCCAAUACCUUAGCUGAAUUCGGAUUAAACCAAUAUCAAAACUUGGAUUUUUUUGAUAUAUCUCUCGUUGAUGGAUUUAACAUCCCAAUGGAUUUUAGCCCAACCUCAGGCAAUUGCAAUGGAAUCAGAUGCUCGGCCGACAUCAAUGGUCAAUGUCCUCAAGAAUUGAAGGCCCCUGGAGGAUGCAACAACCCGUGCACCGUGUAUAAGACCGACGAAUACUGUUGUAACUCGGGGAGCUGUGGUCCAACCACUUACUCCCAGUUCUUCAAGGAUAGGUGCCCAGAUGCAUAUAGUUACCCCAAGGAUGAUGCAACAAGCACAUUCACCUGCCCUGGUGGUACUAACUACAGGGUUACCUUCUGCCCCUCAUGAGCCUUUCAAUCUCACUUUACUCCUAAAUAAUUAUUUCUUUGAUUGAAACUUAAAUAAAAUUGCGACAUGAUGCCAUAAGAAUA